CUCUCACCUCCCCCCCCCCCAAGGGCGAGCGCUUCUUUCUCUCCCCACCACCCACCACCUCUUUAUACAUCACACGGUGGGUGUUGUCUAUUUUCUUUCUCAGCGGAUGUUUCUAUUCUUUUAGCGAGAAAACGGGUGUCUCAAUUGCAGAGCUAAGGCGCUGUGCCCGCUAGGAGUUCCGAGGAACAUUGGGGCGAUGCAGACUGGACCCGCCGUCUUCCCCCUGCUUCCGACAAUCCGACGCAACUUUGCCUGGGACAGUCGCUGAAAUUUAAGGCAAUGGCCCACGAUGUGCGCGACAGCUACUUUUUGCAGCCACCAGAUUCAGGCUCGGUUCCGGACGAACAGCUGUCGGAACAACCUUCCACCACGGAAUGGAUGUCGGCGCAGUCCAACCCUUCCGUUGGCGCAGUAAACAGCGACCAUGACCUCGGUCACAAUGAGGAUGCGGUAGACCAGUCUGCGGGGACUUCGCGCUCACCAGAGAGUACUGUGGUGGGAGACACUGAAUUUGGUCCAAUAAUGGGAAGGAAACCAAGAACAUUGCCAGCCUGGAUCCGCUCGGUAGAGUAUCCUGAAGAAGAUAACGACGUUCCUGCCACGGCUAGCCUUAUUCCCUCGCAACCCGACGACGCCGUUGUGGCGCAGCAUAAUCACUCCCCUUAUGCGACAAGACCGAACCGCCCGAGCCGAGCCGACGAUGAGGAUGAUGAAGAGCAAGGGGGCCCUUCCCGACGCGAGUCUCGCUGGAAGAACUUCUCGAAGGUGAUCGCAUAUCCUCGUGAGCCGGGCGUGGAAGAGAAGUCUGUAACCCCAGAAUGGUUGAACGAGAACCUUGGCGAUUUCUCGCAGCCGUGGCGAGGACAACUCGCUCCAGAUGAGGAUACCGAGGACCCGCUGAGGAUGAAGCGACGCCGGCAGAUCUGGUUCAAGCGCUUUCAUAAUACUCUUCUCAGGAGUCCUAUGGUUCCUCUUAUCUUCAGACUUACCGUAUGGUGCUUCUCGCUUACUGCCCUGGCACUAGGGGGCUCGAUCCAGCAUCUAUCGGGUCAAUAUAAACAUCCACAGGGCCCAUCCGCGCUCAUGGCCAUCAUUGUUGACGCGGUGGCUCUCGUAUAUCUGAUCUAUAUCACCUUUGACGAAUAUACCUCGAAGCCGCUGGGCCUCCGGUCUGCAUCCGCCAAAGCACGGCUGAUCCUGUUGGAUAUCUUCUUUAUUGUUUUCGACUCGGCCAAUCUAAGUUUAGCAUUCGAAUCCUUGUCCACUGUUCAGGGUGCAUGCACGUUGAAUGAAGUCAAUCAAGAGAUCACACCAAAGAAUGACGCAAUAUGCGACCGACAAAUAGCUCUCGCGUGUGUUCUCUUGAUUGCGCUUCUGGCCUGGCUUACAACAUUUGCGAUCAGUGUGCUCAGACUUGUCGAACGUGUGGCUUCUUGAAGCACUUGGCAGGGGUUUGGUUCUCCUAGCAACUUUCCUUACCUUUCUUUCUCCAUUAUUCACCUAUACCCACCUUUUCUUCCUUUCUUCUUGUCUACUUCGGGUCGCUGCUCCUCAUGCCCAUGUUUUUACCUGAUAACAUUCUAUUCUUUCCCUGUUGGUGUUGUUUCCCCUGGUUUGGUCAUCUGUCAAUUGGGUUAGGCGAGGCGUUUAUAUGUGGCAUGCUGUGCGAAGGCCCUGGCUUUGAUACCGAUAAUAUAUGCAUUACGGCCGAUUUACUCGUCAAUGGUAGAUGUACAUAUACUGCUAAGCCACGUGCUCACGCUGGGUUCAGACUACACGU